AUGAAGUUGAGUGCGGAAAUUUGUCUCCUCGCUGGGGGCCUGUUGUCCAUCGUCGACUCUGUUGAAGCCAGGGGUUUCAAUCAAUCCAUAUCGCAAUGGCUCUAUACGAGUGAGAUUAACGACAAAGCCAUUUCCCUUCUAAAGCGCCCUGAAAUCCACGGUAUCCAGAGCUUAUAUACUUGGAAAUCCCUUGAGCCAGCACAAGACCAGUACGACUUUUCCGCCAUUGCAAACGACCUCAACAAAACAAAAUCUCACGGCAAGCAUUUAUGGGUUCAAAUUCAAGAUCGCAGCUUCGACAUUGCCUAUAACCCUGUUCCAAAAUAUCUGCAGGUUGAAUUUUACAACAACGGCAGUGUUCCACAAUGUGACUCGAAUGAUUGCGAUAAACACUUCGUUGCCGGCGGUUGGGCCACAGCUCAGUGGAAUCCCCAUGUUCGAGAGAGAUUCCAGCGCUUGCUGAAGAAACUUGCUGCCAGUUUUGAUGGCAAGGUGUACGGUUUCAACCUCGCAGAAACUGCCAUUGAAAUACAAGCCAACAAUGAUACCGGUUAUACCUGCCAAGGCUAUUUCGAAGGAACCCUCGACAAUGCACGUUACGCAGCUAGUAUUUUCAACCAGUCUUACGUUGUUCAAUAUGUCAAUUUCUGGCCGUGUGGCUGGGCCAAUGAACACAACUAUCUUUCCGAUUCAUUCCAGUUCUUUGCCGACAAUGGCGUGGGCCUUGGUGGACCGGACAAUAUCCCUCACAGUCCAAACAUGGAGAUCAAUGCCUACCGAUACAUGUCGAGAUACCGUGAUAAGGUUCCCAUUAGUGUGAUUGCGGUACAAGAGCCUGAUUUGGCCGCCAACAAUACGAAGACAGGCAAGCCAUUCACCAAAGAUGAGUUUCUCUCCUUCGCGGAGAAGGACCUGGGCUCCAAUAUUCUGUUCUGGGCUCUGUCAGCACCGUGGCUACAGCAGUAG